UGUCGGAUUAUAUUUAAUUCCACUAGGCUUAAUUCGAUCGAUGUUCAUUGUACAUUGUACAGAAGGGGACGAAAUUAUUAUAAGAGCACAGAUCAAGAAGGAAGCUAGCUAGAGGUCAUCUGAAAGACAAGUUCCUCCCCCUGUGCUUGUGUGAGAGAGUGAGAGAUGAUCAUGCAGGUGGCUGGUCAACCUCAACCUGAGGCCAUGCUUCGACAUUUUAGCCACCCACAUCCCUUGAUCCUUUCCAAUCUUCAUCACCCACAUCCCCAACAAAUCUCAAACGGGCAGCGGCUAGCAACCUCUUGUUCAGCCUGCAAACUGGAUGCCUCUGCCGGAUGGAUUUACAGUUGCACGCCAUGCAAUUACUUGCUCCACGUCUCAUGUUCACAAAUGCCUCAGCAAAUUACGCAUCCGUGUGAUGAGAAUAAACAUGUCCUGACUCUGCUCCCAACCCCAAUAUACUCUGACGGGGUCUUCAAUUGCAGUGCAUGUAGGAAGCACGGAAAUGGAUUUUCCUACCACUGCGGAGAUUGCAAGAUUGAUCUCCACACAACUUGUGCAUCAAAGCCGUUGGUUCAUACUCACCACUCCCACCCUCACCAACUCGUUCUCUCCUUCUCACUUCCUCCAGGGCCAACCAGCAGCAAGACCUUCAUCUGUCAUAUAUGCAACCAAGUUGGGUACAAAGAGUGGCUCUACUUAUGCCAUCCUUGCGGUUUUGCGGCUCAUUUGGCCUGCGCCACCGCCGAACCGAUUCAACUAAAUCAAGCAGCACAACCGUCAGUCUCCAGUUGUCGUUGGCAGUCCGUAUAAUUAUCAGACAAAUACUGCUUCAGGUAGUCCUCACGAUCUCCAGGUCCAAAACUAUGGACCACAACCAAAUAUUAUUAGUAGUAAUAAUAAUGGAAUGCAGAGCAGUGUAGUAUAUGUAGAACAAGCUGCUAAUACUGUACAACCUUUGAAUAGAGGGAGAAGUGGUAAGAAGUUGGGAAAGGCUAUUGUAAACACAGCACUUACAGCUCUUAUCGGUUUUCCUGUUUUUGGAGCUGCUGGUAAUUCUCAACCGCAACAACAACAACGGCAACCAUUCCAGCAACAAUCGCAACCAUUCCAGCAACUGCAACUGCAACAAUUCCAGCAACAACAACCGCAACCUUUCCAACCACAACCGCAACAAUUUCAGCAGCUGCAACAAUUUCAACAGCCGCAACAACUGCCACAACUUCAGCAACCCCAACAACAACCGCAACAAUACCUGCAACCACAAGAACCCCAACAAUUUCAGCAACUGCAACAACCACAACAAUUGCAGCAACAACUACUGUACCAGCAACAACUACAGCUUCAAUUCCAGCAACAACAGUUUCAGCAGCAGCAACAACAGUUCCAGCAACAGCAGCAGCAGCAACAACAACAACAAUUGGUGGGUUGUGGUCUUGGUACUACUAUUGAUUUUGGAAGCACUACUGCUAGUGCUACGGCUACUGAUCCCUCCUCAUUGUCAUUGGAAUACUCAACUGACUAUAUCGGUGGAUGUGCAGACUAUGUCAGUGGAGAUUAUACCUACUUAGUUUGAAAAUAUUGUUAUGUACUUCUUUGACAAUAACAACAGACAUUCACGGAUGUUUAUACAUCUUCCUCUGAAGUAUGCGCCAUCAUUGUAAAGUUUUUACCUUGAGAUUGGGAUAAUUACAUACGCAUAAGGUCUUUUAUAACAUUUUUCACUUUCAA